UGACAUUUUCUCUGUUACACGCUUUCUUCUUCAAUUUUUAUUUUUACGAUUUGUGUUUUUGAUUUUUCCGGCGAUGGCGUCAACUCCGGCGGAAAUGGAACAAUUGACAUCAGGAGCGAGCAAUCGGAUAAUAUUUAUCUUGAGAACGCUAAGGAAGUGUCUCGUCUUCGUUCUCUCUCUCGUCCUUUCUCUUCUCCUUAUUCUUCGUCUCCGUCCUCGUCGCCGUGUCUCGCCUCUUUCAUCGCCUGAGGAGGAGGCAGUUCCGGCUCCUUCGAGGCGAUGGAGGCGGAAGAUGGCGUGGAAGCUGGAGGAGGAAGAUACGGCUAGACGUCGUUCCUUAGCAGAAGGCGUUGAGAUGGCCGGAGAUGGACAGAUCUCUUGUUCGUUGUUUUAUGGCCGUCGUGGUAACGCUUUAUUCUCUCGGUCGUGGUUGCCUAUUUCCGGCGAACUUAGGGGGAUUUUGAUUAUUAUCCAUGGAUUGAAUGAACACAGUGGAAGAUAUUCUCAAUUCGCCAAGCAGUUGAACUCUAGUAAUUUGGGUGUAUACGCAAUGGACUGGAUUGGUCACGGUGGGAGUGAUGGUUUGCAUGGUUAUGUUCCUUCUCUUGAUUAUGUUGUUUCCGACACUGAAGCUUUCUUGGAAAAGAUUAGGUCUGAGAAUCCGGGGGUUCCGUGUUUCCUCUUUGGUCAUUCUACCGGUGGAGCUGUGGUUUUGAAGGCAGCUUCAUCUCCCUCUAUCGAAGAUAUGUUAGCCGGUAUUGUCCUAACAUCGCCUGCACUUCGUGUCAAACCCGCUCAUCCCAUUGUCGGGGCAAUAGCUCCAAUCUUCUCAUUGGUCGCACCAAGGUUCCAAUUCAAAGGAGCAAACAAGAGAGGCAUUCCGGUCUCAAGAGACCCUGAAGCUCUCUUAGCCAAAUACUCUGAUCCGUUAGUCUACACUGGUCCAAUUAGGGUCCGAACAGGGCAUGAGAUUCUUCGCAUAACAGCUUACUUGACCCGGAACUUCAAAUCUGUUACAGUGCCUUUCUUUGUUCUCCAUGGUACAGAGGACAAAGUCACUGAUCCACUAGCUUCACAAGACUUGUAUAAUCAGGCUGCAUCAGUUUUCAAAGACAUCAAACUCUAUGACGGUUUCUUACACGAUCUUCUCUUUGAACCUGAGCGUGAGGAAGUCGGUCGUGAUAUCAUUGAUUGGAUGAUGAAGCGGCUUGACGAUGUUAACGGAUCUGCAGCUGGGAUCUGGUAAAAGAUCAAAGGAGACAUCAGAGGUCUUCAUCUUCUAUAGAUAGUUGUGAUACAAAUGGUGUGAUUGUAAAAUCAGAAACCAAGUGUAGGGGAUACAUAUAAAAUGGGUUUAAUCUA